AUGCUUUGAAUACUUGCGACAUGGCUGCGCGCAUUGAUUGCCAAGAUUGACAGCAGCUCUAGCCAUCGUCUUCUCUUGUCUGAGUGUGUGAGAGAGGGAGAUAAAGACCAGAUAGACGGUUAACAAAAGGUACUUGUAGUUUUGUACAACUGAACUUCACAGAGAGUGGACGGGAUCCCCUCCUAUGGCCCCGAGUGAGCAGACUUAAGUUUUCGCUCAACAGAUAGCUCGGUGAUCAUUUUCAGUAAAGUAUAGUCGAGACUAGUUGCUGUUCUUUGCGCACGGGGAAGGACGCAAAAGUAGGCAAUCAUCAGCACGGCUCACACCAACAAGGUUAUUUACAUGAAUUCAAAAUCAACCAACCAGUGAUCGCUGGAAGCUGGGGAUUGAGUCUUUCAGUUUUUAACCCCACACGCUGACAUGGAGGGCUUUCUUCGUAGCAGCUUUUUACUGAGCAGAGUCAUGUCUUCCAAGCAAGCCACGUCUCCUUUUGCCUCUGUGGUUGAUGGGGAUGAUGCCAUGAGUCAGGAGCAUUUGUCUUGGGAGAAAGAGGAGAGCGCAGAGGCCCAUGGCACACCACAGCUGCCGCUGCACAGUCUGCUUCACGGAAAAGCCCCCGAUGAAAUGCAGCCGCUCAGCAGCGUACCAUCAGAAAGCGAUUGGGACAGCCUGGUGUCAGCCCAGCAGCGCAUGGAAUCUGACAGCAAUAAAGUAUGCUCCCUGUACUCUUUCCGGAACAAUUCCACUUCCCCACACAAGCCUGAGGAGGGGGCCCGGGAGCGAAGUGACCUGCUGAGCGGAUCAGCGUUUGGAACUCCAGAGCGCCGCAAAGGAAGCCUGGCAGACGUAGUGGACACUCUGAAGCAGAAGAAGCUGGAGGAGAUGACAAAGACAGAGCAAGACGAAUCCUCGUGCAUGGAGAAACUUCUUUCUAAAGACUGGAAAGAGAAGAUGGAGAGGCUCAACACAAGUGAACUGCUGGCAGAAGUAAAAGGUACUCCUGAGAGCCUGGCCGAAAAGGAACACCAGCUCUCCACGAUGAUCACUCAGCUGAUCAGCUUGCGAGAGCAGCUCCUGGCUGCUCACGAUGAACAGAAGAAGCUGGCUGCCUCACAGAUGGAGAAACAGAGGCAGCAAAUGGAGUUAGCUCGUCAGCAGCAGGAGCAGAUUGCAAGACAACAGCAGCAGCUUCUGCAGCAACAGCACAAAAUCAACCUCCUCCAGCAGCAGAUCCAGCAGGUCCAGGGUCACAUGCCUCCGCUCAUGAUCCCCAUUUUUCCACACGACCAACGCACUCUAGCAGCAGCAGCUGCCGCCCAGCAAGGCUUUCUCUUCCCUCCAGGAAUGUCUUAUAAGCCAGGUGAUAACUACCCGGUGCAGUUCAUUCCAUCCUCAGUGGCAGCUGCAGCAGCGUCAGGACUCAGCCCCCUCCAGCUUCAGCAACUGUAUGCUGCCCAGCUUGCCAGCAUGCAGGUCUCUCCCGGAGCCAAGAUGCCUCCACUCCCCCAGCCACUCACGGCUAGUGGGCCCAUUUCUCCAUCAUCUCUGAAGAAUGACAAGAGUUCCUCCAGCCCCAUCACUCAAGUCAAGGAGGAGGGAACACAGCCCCUCAACCUGUCUGCUCGGCCAAAGACGACAGAACUGGUCAAGUCUCCUACGUCCCCGACACAAAAUCUGUUCCCCGGCAGUAAAAGCAGCCCUAACAGCCUCAUGAGCAAGGGGGGUACCCCCAGCCCACUUGGAGGUCUGGGCCGGGGAUCUUCUCUGGAUAUUCUGUCCAGCCUAAACUCUACCGCGUUGUUCGGGGACCAGGACACAGUGAUGAAGGCCAUCCAGGAAGCUCGGAAAAUGAGGGAGCAGAUCCAGAGGGAACAGCUGCAACAUCACCAGCAGGGCAUGGAGGCAAAGCUGUCUGCCCUCACUUCAGUGGGCCUCAACAACUGCAGAGCUGACAAGGAAAGAGCACACUUUGACAGCAUCGGGCACCAUCUUGGCAAGCUGGGUGAGGAGGGAAAGCUUGGCCACAGAGUUAUUGACCUCACCAGGCCAGAAGAUCUAGAUGGGUCCAAGGAAGUCAAUGGCUCUGCAGAUAAACCCCAACCCUAUUAUUGUUGGCCAACAGGAGGCGCUGGACCUACCGAGGCACGAGUCUUCAGGGAAGCUCGGGGAAGAAACAACAACGAGCCCCACAUUAAAAGGCCAAUGAAUGCAUUCAUGGUGUGGGCCAAGGAUGAGCGGCGCAAGAUCCUCCAGGCUUUCCCCGACAUGCACAAUUCCAACAUAAGCAAGAUUCUGGGUUCCCGGUGGAAGUCCAUGUCUAACCAGGACAAACAGCCCUACUAUGAAGAGCAGGCUCGUCUAAGUAAGCUUCAUCUAGAGAAGUACCCAAACUACAAGUACAAACCACGGCCUAAGAGGACCUGCAUUAUUGACGGAAAAAAACUCCGCAUCGGAGAGUACAAACAGAUGAUGCGUUCACGGCGACAAGAGAUGAGGCAGUUCUUUACUGUGGGGCAGCCACCGCAGAUUCCCAUCACCACAAGCGCCAGCAUGGUCUACCCUGGGGCCAUCACCAUGGCGACCACCACACCCUCACCUCAGAUGACAUCGGAGUGCUCAAGUGCCUCAGCGAGUCCUGAGCCAUCCAUUCCCGUCAUUCAGAGCACCUACAACAUGAAGCUAGAGCCCACUGGCAUGGUGAACAACAGCGAGCCGGUCAAUGGCGAGGAUGAAAUGGACAUGUACGAAGAUUUUGAGGACGAGCCCAAAUCAGACUAUAGCAGUGAAAAUGACACACAAGAGCCAGUCAGUGCCAACUGAGACCUUUUAACCGAAGAGGCCAGUGCAGAAACAGUAAUACAGGAGGAUGCCCAGAGGGCUGGUCUGAUCUGAGGGAGGGAAAGAACAAAACAAAACAAAAACUACACCACAAAGGUUUGAACAUGUUUAAAAAAAAUAAUGAUGUAUCAUAUCGAAGCCAGCAUGCAGCUGUGGCUUCAUCUGAAUCAAAAGCUAUUUGGUCUUAAGUGUUUCUUUAAGUGUGUGAAGCAGUUUGGU